GAGAGAGAGAGAGCUUCACUUGUUGCUUUCUUGCGCACAGUAAGUGGCGAGGUAGAUUUCAAGAGGCUCAGAGACGCAAGAAUUCAGGAGAUAGAGACACAUGGACUCCGGUGAGCCUUAUCCAUCCACAACCCCAAGACCUGCUGGCUUCACCACCACCAUGAAAGCCUUCACAAGCUUGAUCGCAGUGUUCGUUAUCGCACAGCUCAUUGGGACAGUGCUUUUUGGCCUAUAUCUUCACAUGAAGGUGGACAAGGUCGGAGAUGAGAUCAGCCUGCGGGAAGAUUUUGUGUUCCUCAGAAGACUGCAGAAGUGUCGGAAGCCACAAUACAGUGAUGCAACCUUCCUGGACUGUGCAAAGAUAUUGAGCAGCUUCCAGGACCUACUACAAGACCAAAAGAGCAAGAUUCCCCAAGAAAGCCUCCUAGCCAAGAGAACAGGUGACAAAAGGCAAGCCGCGAGCAUCCACCUGGCUGGCUGCAAGAGCAGCAAGAGAGUUUUGCAGUGGAAAAGGUCACCCUAUGCUCCAAUGGAUAAUGACACAUUUUCAUACCAAGAUGGGAAAAUCAAAGUUGGCAAAAGAGGACGGUACUAUAUUUAUUCGCAGGUUGCCUUUUGCACCAAGCCAGAGACACACGCACCGUUCAGCCUCUAUGUAUAUCUGAACCUUCCAUCAGAGGCAGAUCAGCUGCUGUUGAAAGGAGUGGGGACUCACGCCACAUCAUACGAUCUGUGCAGCCUGCAGUCAAUUCAUGUAGGGAGAGCUGUUGAGCUCCAGGAAGGUCAUGUCAUCUUUGUCAAUGUGACAAACUCAUCUAGAGUGAAUUACGACCAUGGAUAUACAUACUUUGGCAUGUUUGAACUAUCCUAGGAGAGGCUGAGAAGAUGGAGCUUUGUUGAACAAAGCUGGUCCCCCAAAUCCUAUUUAUAAUAACCCACUUCAUAUUUUGUUUUAUUUUUCCCUACACCCUGUAUAUUUUAUUUUAUUUAUUAAUGAGAGUUGGAGCACGACUCCUCAGAACCAAAAUGUAAUACUGGAAAGCCAGCCUUCAACAGAUGCAACACAGGUGUCAGAAGUUGCACUGGGCUUGUUGAUAUGCUCCAUC